CCACGCCGGGCGCCUCGCGCCCGGGGAGCGCCGCGGGGUCGCUGGAGCCGGCCGCAUCCUUUGUGCGGCGCCCGGGCUGCGCUGCGGCGGGGCCGCGGGACGGAAUGUGGGCGCUUCGGGGGUUUUUCGCUGCUCUCCAAACUCUGGAGACAAUGGACUGAAAGGGGACCAUGGAUUGAGGGGCGCGAGCGGAGAAGCGAACUGCGCCGGGCAGUCAUGACUUCUGCCGCCGAGAUUAAGAAGCCACCAGUGGCCCCCAAGCCAAAGUUUGUGGUGGCAAAUAAUAAGCCAGCUCCACCUCCUAUUGCACCUAAACCUGACAUUGUGGUUUCUAGUGUCCCACAGUCAACAAAGAAAACCAAACCAGCAAUAGCCCCCAAACCCAAGGUUCUAAAGAGCUCGCCUGUUAGAGACAUUGGGAAGUUACCAUCAAAGAAAAUCACUGUGAGCCUGGAAGAGCGUAAACAAGAAUUACCCGGAAGCACUGACAACUUUAAUGGCAAAAAAGGAGAGCGUCAGAGCAGUGAUUGUAUUUUACCAGUGUGUUCCUGCAGUUCUGAGUGUAACCAUAAGCUUGGGACUGGAGAGAAUAUGUGUCUAGAAGAGCUUGUGUUAGAGCCCAUGGAAAUGACUGGCAGUUUAGAAAAUAAUAAAAUCGCUGAAUCCUCUUUGGCCAUAAAAACCUGGGGUAAAUGUGAUUCUCACAGUGAAAAGAUCAAAAGCCAGAGUGGAGUGGUUUUAAAGGCAAGCAUCCUGGACGAGAAGCUCAGAGACGUUUUAACACAAGGAGCGUCGCCUUUUAGUUCCCCACGGCAGCACAGAUCCAGAGGCAACCCAGAAAUGAAUGGGGGCUGUCAUUCUGGCAGACAACUCGAAAUUGAAUUUGCAGAUUUGUCACCUCCCCAGUCCAGCCUUGAAAAAAUUUCAGAUCAUUACAACUGCUAUCAACAGCUCCCAAGGGGUGAACUUCAAACCAUUGAAUCUUGUCAGCAAGGCAGUGAGAAAAGUAAUAGCUACUUUCAUUCAUCCGAACUAGAAGCACUGGAAGAUGGUAAAAGUAUUUUUACAUCUUCAGAUGGACUUAGUAAGAAAUCAGAAGUCAGUGACUUUGGUCCCUUAGAAAUUCACUUAGUGCCAUGUACCCCCAAAUUUCCAACUCCGAAGCCCAGAAAGACACGCACUGCUCGUCUGUUACGCCAAAAGUAUGUAGAUACUCCGAGUGAGAGUACUGAAGAACCAGAGACUGCAGAUGGUAGCUGUGCUUGUUUUACUGAAGAUAGCUUGAAAAAUGAUCAAAGCAGCGUGCUUCAUCAGGAUGUUGUGUGUAACCAGGAACAAGUGGAUAAAAUAAAACCGGGAAAUGAAAGUGAGUUGAAUAGGAGCUUCAAUAAUGACAGACAGGACUUAGUUAAUUCACAUAAAGACAUGCAUCAUGAAACGCCGUCCUCUGAAAAACUGGCACCUGUGUUAGACACGAACUCUAAUUUAAGUUCUGAUAGCAUGACAGUAGAUGGUUCUAGUACGUCACCUGCUGGGGACAGAGGGACCAGUUUUAUCAGAUGUAGUGCUGUGUCAAUGAGCCUGCCUAAGCAGCUCAAAUUAACUUGCAAUGAACAUUUGCCUACUGCCUGUGACUUAGGAGUGUCUGCCCCUCCAAUGCAGAAGGAAUCUGUAAUGAAAGAGGGAAGUUCUUUAAGAGUAGUCCCCAAAAAACCUCAGAGACACAGCUUGCCUGCUGCAGGAGUGCUUAAAAAGGCUGCCUCUGAGGAGCUUGUGGAGAAAAGUUCUUACUCUUCAGCUGAAAAAAAUUCAGAGAAGGAUCUAGAAAGAAAUCACCUUCAGCAUUUGUGUGCCCCAAACCAUGGCAUGUCACCCUCCUUUGAUAUGCCUAAACGAACUUCAGAAAAGCCAGUGUGGAAAUUACCUCAUCCUAUUUUACCCUUUUUAGGGAACCCGGAGUCCCUAAAGUCUAUCACUAUACCUCCAAAUUGUGAGCCUUCGACUGCUCUCACCAAGCCUAGAGCAAAAUCCUUGUCUGCUGUGGAUAUGGAGCGAUGUAAUAAGCCUUGCAAAGACUCUUCAAAGAAAAACUCUCUUAAAAAGUUGCUGAACAUGAAACUAUCCAUCUGUUUCACAAAGAAUGACUUUCAGAAAUUUUGGUCCAAAAGUAGCCAACUUGGAGAUACCAUGGCAGGCAGCCUCUCUGGUGGGGAGCGCAAAGGGAUAAUUAAAGAAAGUGAUUGGCAUGGUUUGUCGGUAGAAGAAAAGAGAAGUAAACCUAUCAAGGCCUAUUCUGCAGACAACUACAGCCUGGAAUGUCAAAAGAAGAGAAAGAAGUCUCGUGGCCAGAUCAGUGCCGCUAAUGGUCCAAGAGCUGAGUCUUUGGAUGACCAAAUGCUCUCUAGGGAGUCAUUAUCUCAGGUGCCUUGUAAGUCUGCUACCAGUGGCUGUGCCCCAGAAUAUGAGAAUGUACGUCAUUAUGAGGAAAUACCGGAGUACGAGAACUUGCCAUUUGUUAUGGCUGUAGGGAAAGCUCCAGAACUGGGAUGGCAGAAUUCCAGCAGCAUGGAGGAUGCCGAUGCAAAUGUGUAUGAAGUGGAAGAGCCUUAUGAAGCCCCAGAUGGCCGGCUGCAACCUGGACCCAGACAGCAGCAUUCCAGCAGUUCUGGAGCAGCCCAGGAGGGUCAGAGUGAUCUGGAUCUUGGUCCUGGUGAUCUUCCCUCCGACGAGGAGGAGGUCAUCAACAGUUCUGAUGAAGACGAUGUCAGCUCUGGGUCUAGCAGAGGAGAGCCUGACCUGCUGGAGGAUAAACAGGAUGAAGAUACUGGAAUGAAAAGUAAAGUGCAUCAUAUUGCCAAGGAGAUCAUAAGCUCAGAGAAAGUAUUUGUGGAUGUAUUGAAACUUUUGCAUAUUGACUUCCGGAAUGCAGUAGCUCAUGCUUCCAGGCAACUUGGGAAAGCAGUGAUAGAGGACCGGAUUUUAAACCAGAUCCUGUACUACUUGCCUCAGCUGUAUGAACUCAACAGGGAUCUUCUGAAGGAACUGGAGGAAAGAAUGCUGAACUGGACUGAACAACAAAGAAUUGCUGAUAUCUUUGUAAAGAAGGGACCAUAUCUAAAAAUGUAUUCCACAUAUAUCAAAGAAUUUGAUAAGAAUAUAGCUUUGCUGGAUGAGCAGUGCAAGAAAAAUCCAGGUUUUGCUACAGUUGUUAGAGAAUUUGAGAUGAGCCCGCGCUGUGCUAAUCUGGCCGUCAAGCACUACCUGCUCAAGCCGGUUCAGAGGAUCCCCCAGUACAGGCUGCUGCUGACAGAUUAUUUAAAGAAUCUCUUAGAAGACUCUGGAGAUUACAGAGACACUCAAGAAGCCCUUGCUGUUGUGAUAGAGGUAGCCAACCACGCCAAUGACACCAUGAAGCAGGGAGACAACUUUCAGAAACUUAUGCAAAUUCAGUACAGCUUAAAUGGACACCAUGAAAUAGUGCAGCCAGGCCGGGUUUUUCUCAAAGAAGGAACUCUGAUGAAGCUAUCUCGGAAAGUCAUGCAGCCCCGAAUGUUUUUCCUGUUUAAUGACGCUCUGCUGUAUACGACACCAGUGCAGUCCGGGAUGUAUAAACUGAACAACAUGCUUUCAUUGGCCGGAAUGAAGGUCAGAAAACCCACCCAAGAAGCCUAUCAGAAUGAACUGAAGAUUGAAAGUGUAGAACGUUCCUUCAUCCUCUCUGCCAGCUCUGCCACAGAAAGGGAUGAGUGGCUGGAAGCGAUUUCCAGGUCAAUAGAAGAGUACGCCAAGAAAAGAACCACCUUCUGUCCCAGCAGGAGUCUCGAGGAGGCUGACUCAGAAAACAAGGAGGAAGUUACUCCCCUUGGAUCAAAGGCUCCCAUCUGGAUUCCUGAUACCAGAGCCACAAUGUGUAUGGUCUGCACGAGUGAAUUUACUCUGACCUGGAGACGGCACCACUGCCGGGCCUGCGGAAAGAUUGUGUGCCAAGCUUGUUCAUCAAAUAAGUAUGGCUUAGAUUAUUUGAAAAAUCAACCAGCAAGAGUAUGUGAACAUUGUUUCCAAGAACUUCAGAAAUUAGAUCAUCAGCAUGCCCCUAAGAUUGGAUUUCCUGGAAAUCACAAAUCUCCUUCAAGCGCCUUAUCAUCAGUCUUACAUAGUAUUCCAUCAGGGAGGAAACAGAAGAAAAUCCCAGCUGCCCUCAAAGAAGUAUCAGCAAACACAGAAGAUUCUUCUAUGAGUGGCUACUUGUACAGAUCAAAGGGCAAUAAGAAACCUUGGAAACACUUGUGGUUUGUCAUAAAAAAUAAAGUUCUAUAUACAUACGCUGCAAGUGAGGACGUGGCAGCUUUGGAGAGUCAGCCUUUGUUAGGAUUCACUGUAACUCAAGUGAAAGACGAGCAUUCGGAGUCUAAAGUAUUUCAGUUACUGCAUAAAAACAUGUUGUUUUAUGUGUUCAAGGCAGAUGAUGCUCACUCAGCUCAGAAGUGGAUAGAAGCAUUUCAGGAAGGCACAGUAUUGUAGCAGUUUUGGUUUCAUCUCUUCUUUGAGUCCAAAAAGGAGGAAUUUGAUCAGCAUGGAAUAAAUGUUAUUCAAAAACUGUGCAGAAAUGAACACUGCCAAGAUACAGCCAACCAAACUCUUCUUGAGAUAUAAAAAAUUUUGUUAUAGUGUUUUUUUAAUGUUUGUUUUUCAUGUAUGUUAUUUAUUAAAAUUUUGAUGUGUACUUAGUGGUCAGAAUUAUUUCUAAGAUUCACACUGAAUUCUAAAGUACCAUUUCUUUAGAGACCAGAAAAUUUAUCUUGAUACUGUAUAGUUUUAACUAUCUGUGACUCAGUCCACACUGUUUUUCCUGCCUUACAUUGUAACAUGCUCGCUAGCGCUAAGUCUUGGUAAAUAAAUACCAUAUACUAAGGAGAAAAUUUCCAUAAAGUACUUGGUUUAGUAAUUAUGAUUCUAUUCAGCCUGCUGAUUAAAAAGAAAGUACAUGUCUUUGAAUGUCAACUUAGAAAUUUUUUGUAUCUUUUAAUAGAAAAAUGCAUGGCCAGCUUCUACCUCAGUAACUGUGAAAUGAAAUUCCAGUAAAAUAUCUAAAAUAUUUCUACUGUUAUGUACCUCUUUGGGCAUGAAUAUUAUGCCAUCAAAGAAUUAUAGCAAGGGGAUAGAAUUUGAAUUUUUUUCACAGCUACCAAUUCAACACACAUCAAUAUAUUAUUUUUCUAAAUACCAAAAUAUGGAAAGGAUUAUAGUACAUAGACUCCAUAGCUUUUAAGAGCUCUAAGUCCAAAUCAAUGGUGAUGUUUGUAUCUAAAAAAAUGCUUCAUUUCCUAUAAUAUUAUGGUUUCAAUUUUAAAAACUGGAAUUGCCAUAUUAGAAAAGCACAACGUCUAAGCCAGUAUUAACUGAAAUUGUAUAGUAUCAUUUUUGAAAGGUCUUUUUCUACCACUUGUGUUAUAUCCUCCCUGGUAAUUUAAAACAAAAUCCUUUCUGUAGCUAUCAGUGCACCUCAUUAUUACUUAUUAGUCAUUCUGGUGCACUUAUUUAACAUGUGAACUACCUUGUACAUAAAAUUGAUUAGCAGAGGGAAAAUUAACACUAUCCUUGAAGACAUUCCUGAUGUGUGUAAUAUACAUUGUAUUGACAGAAUUUAAAUUAUGAUGUCUUACAAGGUUUUCCAUAGAAGAUUUCAUUAAAGGGUACAAGAAUUUUCCUUUCUACUUCCUUGUAAAGGAUUUCCCACCUCAGCGUGAUACUUCAUGGUAGCCAAGAGAAUUACCAAGUGCCUUUCUGAAGUCUCUUGGACGCCGUUUGCUGCAGCACCCGAGUCCCUGCUAGAUCUAGGGUUUUCUGGCUGUCUCCUGUUCCGCAAUAAUUUGAAACCCUCUUGUGGCCUUAUUGAUAGUCUUGACUUGCUGUCUCUCCAAGUCUUUCUGCCAUAGCAGAUAAAAUAUUUUUGUAACCCACUUACGUUAGUCAAAAUCAGUAAAUAAGGCUUUCCCAUUAAAGUCUCUGCCGUUUUUAAUGUAUCAUAUUUGGAGGCCAUGGUUAGAUUUUAUCAGAACCUAAGAAAUAUCAGCCUGGCUAUUUUAGAGGAACAGAGAUAUCUGGCACAAACUUUCAGUAAUUCUUCUUGAUUACAUGUGAAACUCAUGUGUGAGUGCAUUAGCUAUUGGCUUAGUCCCUUGGAGGGUUUUGAAAUAUAUAAAAUACAAGCCUUUUUAUCAGAUUGUCCUCCCAUAAUUUGUUUUGCCUGUGUAAUAGUAUUACAUUCCCUUUCCUUCCUUUUCAAGCCUUCAUGACUUACCAAAGCUGAUCAGUUUUUAACCUCGCUCAUUCAGUAUUAAGUGGGAGCCUAAUUAUAUGCAAUUUAUUGCAAAACUACCUUGAAAGUUAUCUCAGAUGGGUGAUAUUUUUGAGGGGAAAAAUGAAGUGCAGUCUGUACAUGAGAAAGAAGUAUAAACAGCUUUGGACCCCAGGAGUACUGUGUGUUACGUGGGUCCAUGUGCUUCCAUCAAACUCUCUCCGGUGUCUCCUUGUAUUUGUAAGGACGGCAGAGAAAAGCAGUCAUAACACUAAGCUGAAAAGGAUGCUGAGAAUAACCCACGUAGGAAGCCAGGCUGAACGAGGGGAGGCUAGUUUUGCUAAUGAGCGUGCUCCUUCUCUACCUGGGCAGCUGACCAGCAUGACUCAAGUCCUGAGAAAAUGUGAUGACCUGUCCUCCUCACCUAUUUUGAACCUUUUUAUCCAACCUCUUUCCUCUUGUUCUCUGAUGGACCCAGUAUCUUCCCAUUGUCCUCUGGCUGCCCAAGCUAUUUCUCUCUUCUUCCACCAAAAGCUUGAUUUCAUUUGGUAGUGUUUUCUUUAAAUGAGGUCACUAGACCAAUUCUUGAGAGUGCAGUUUUGUUAGCCAAAUGUAUUUUAUGUUCGACUGGUAGAAUAUACCUAGAAGUGUGGAAAGCCUCCACUUUCAUAAUUUAGUGAAAUUGUAAAUGUUAUCAUAGCCUAUGCGGGUGUGUGUUGAAGUAUGCUUCCAUGUGAGAUCCACUGCAGUCAAAUGUAGUCACUGGGAUUUCCAGAGAGGUAAUUCCCAUUUCUUUGUAUAGUACAGUCUAUAUUUCUUAAAGGCAGAUACACUGUAAUAUAUCUCUUUCUCCGGUAGUAUUACCCUGUGUCUGUUUGGAGAAAAUACUUGUUCAAUUGGAUAGAAGAAAGUGAGGAUGGGAUUCUUGGCACUUGUAAUUCAAACACCUUCAUUAGACUUACCCUUGCCACAUUUACAACCACCUGUUGGACACCUACAUAAGUCCUCAAGCGUUUUAAAAUUCACACGACAAAAUCAACUUUCUUCCUCUUCAAGUCUGUCUAUUUUCCUCUGUAAUAUAGACAUCGUCUGUGGCCACAGAAUCUGCAUCCAGGUCUGAACAAGACUUCUUGCCAUUCCUCUUUUUUUCUUCCCAUCUUCAUUGCCAUGACUCAAGUUCUUGUUACCUCUUCCCAAAGACUGCAGUUAACUUCUAAUUUGUGUGGUCCCAUUUUUUAAGCACCACCGGAGUGAUCUUCCUAAAGCAUAAUUCUAUUCUAGGUUCAUCCUUGCUCUUGCAGCCAUCAGCGGCUCAGGCAUGGACCACUAGCUCAGGUUACUGUACACUCCAGGUAACCCUCGCCUUUCUCUGUUCACAUGACUUCCUUUUUCCAGCCGUCUACCCGUCUCUGCAUCUUAUCCAAGACUUCUCUGUGAUAGCGGAUCCUAGUCCUUCUCUCCCCAGUUCCUCUGCUAGUCAUCAUUCCCCUGUGGCCCCUCGUCUUUAGUUUCAUAAACUUUAAUAUGAUGCUUAUCACAUUCGUGAUAACAACUUAGCUUGUUCAUUUGAGAUUCCCCCACAGCAGCUAGCAGAAUGCCUUGCUUGCAGUGGCCAUGUAGUGUGUGUUUGCUGAAUGAAUUCCUUCCUAUGGAUCCCUUCUGAUUUUUUCAAAGUGCCUCCUAUAUAUUUAUGAUUCGGAAGCCUAUGACACUUUUAAUGACAUUUUCUAAAAGAAAAAUCUUAGGAGUUUUCCCUCUAUAAGAAAAGAGAUAGUUUCUAGUAGGAUGUUUUUUAAAUAUAAAACCAGUAGGAAAAAUUUUAACAGCCUCAAUAUCAAACUCCUUGUGGGACGACAGAAGGCUGAAAGAGGGGUAACCUUCUCCUUCACAUGAGUUGUUCAUAGCAUAUAAGACCCAACCUUAAAAUAUUUUUUAAAUGAUUUAUAAUGCAUUUCUAGAACAACUUUUUUAUCUAAAGGGAUAAUUGUUUAUAUCUUUUUGUCCAUAUAGCUAUAGAUCCUUUAUAAAUAAAGUUAGCAUUGUAAAUAAUGUUAAUAUGUGUUAUAUUUAUGCAAAAUAAAUGUACUAAAAUAUC